GUCUGCAUCAAGUGACAUUGGUGGCUGACCCUGACCGACACAGCUCAAACGGGUUUAGUUCUUUACGUACUUACUCGAAAACCUUGUCAUACCACCCAUAUAAAUCGACACCAAUUUCGAAUUUAAGUCAAGUUUUAGAAAGGUACCAACAGUACUACAAUGAAGCUCCUAAUUUUUUUGAUUGCAGUCACCACUACCCAGUGCUCAGUUCCCCCCAAUUUCAAACGGUGCCUUCGUAAAGACCCAGAAUUCAAAAAGUGCUACAUCAAAGCUGCCCAGUUUGGUAUAACCCAACUGACCAAACCCUACAAGGCUUUCGAUUUGCCCAACCUGGAACCUUUGUUGGUACCUUCGCUGACUAUAGCGGGUCGAGGGGGCGUGGUGGACGUGGACCAGACGUUCAAAAAUUGCAAAGUACACGGAUUGACGACGAUGAAGUUGGAUAAGUUUGAGUUAAAUUUCACUAACAAAACGUUGGAUAUCGUGGCUGGGAUUAAGAAAUUGGUGUUCGAGUGUGAGUACAAGUUAGACGGGAAGGUACUACUUCUGACGAUUCAAGGCGAAGGCGACAGUCUCAUCACGUUCAGUGAUUUCCGGGCCGUUUUUAACGCCUCUUUUGAAGAGGUUACCAAAGGAGCCAAAACUUAUUACAAGACAGGUCGUACCGAGCUGGUGUCCCGUACCGGGAAUAUGCACUUCCAGUUUGAUAAUCUCUUCAACGGGAAUAAGGAACUCGGGGAUAAUAUCAACAGCGUACUGAACGACAACUGGAAACAAAUUUUCGACGAGCUGUACCCCGAUUAUAACGAGGUGGUACGACGGAUACUCACCGAUAUAAUGACGAAGAUUUGGGACAACGUCUCGUUGGAGGAAUUUUUCGACUAAAUUCGACACACUAAUACCUAUAAACAGUAUUUAUUUAGAGGCCACCAAGGACCAGUACCAAUAUUAUUGUUUGAAUACUGUUAUUGACUGUGAAGUACCUGUAUUGACAAAAUAAUAAAAACGAUAAUUUAGUAA